CGCUGAGUGAACCCUGACUGCCUGGCUGUGCUCCGUACCCUGACCCUAGUGUGCCGUCCCGAAGCCUGGCUGGUACUUCGGGCCGGCAGAGGGGACCCGAGGGCGACAACCGUUGCGGAAUUCGACGAUUCAUUCCAUCAAGUGGAGGGCGAGUCUGAACCAACCUAGCACGAACCUUUCCAGUACCCAAAACAUCUCGCCUUCAACACCUUUGUCCAUUUGCGCAACAGCAACCUUACACACGUGCCGCACUGUUUGCCGCCAUGCCUCCGCCGCCACCCUCCAGGCGGGAUGCCUCGACGGCACCCAACAAGGAGGAGAACGCUUACAUCCCAAACUUCAUCUCGAAAAGGCCAUUCUAUGCCGGAGAGGGGGAGGAAACAGACUACCUUGAGCAUCAGCGUCUUCAAAAGAAAGAGCAGGACUCAACAUGGUACGACAGGGGCAAGAAGGGCACGGCCGCGACCAAGUUCCGCAAGGGCGCGUGCGAGAACUGCGGCGCAAUGGGUCACAAGGCCAAGGAAUGCCUCGAGAGGCCCAGGAAAAAGGGCGCAAAAUACACGGGCAAGAACAUCCAGGCCGACGACGUCGUGCAGGAAGUGCAGCUCAGCUGGGAUGCGAAGCGUGACCGUUGGAACGGGUACGAGGCCAAGGACUACAAGCACGUCGUGGAGGAGUACGACCAGAUGGCAGAGCUCAGGCGACAGAUGCGAAAGAAGAAUGCUGGGGAGGACGGGGAGGACGCCGACGAGGGCGACGCCGGUGACAAGUACGCCGAGGACGUCGACAUGAGCAAGCACCAGCCUACCUCGACAAGGCAGCUGCGUAUACGAGAAGAUACAGCGAAAUACCUGCUGAACCUAGACUUGGAGUCAGCAAAAUACGACCCCAAGACGAGGACGCUCGUCGACGCCGGUGCGACUGCCGACAAGGCUGCAGAGGUCUUCGCGGAGGAGGGUUUCGUGCGCGCUUCAGGCGACGCCGCCGAGUUUGAGCGUGCGACGAGGUACGCAUGGGAGGCCCAGGAGAAGAAAGGAGACACCACCCAGCAUCUCCAGGCAAACCCCACGGCAGGGGAGUUCUACCGGAAGAAAGAGAGGGAAGAGGCGGAGAGGAAGAAGCAGGAGAAGGAGAAGGAGCUGCGCGAGCUGUAUGGAGACAGUACGCAGGCAAUGCCGGCUGCGCUCAGGGACAUGACUGUCACGGAGAACGAGCACUUUGUCGAGUACGACGAGCACGGUCUCAUCAAGGGGGCCAAGGCCUCAGCGAAGUCAAAGUACGCGGAAGAUGUCUACAUCAACAACCACACAUCAGUAUGGGGCAGCUGGUGGUCAAAUUUCCAGUGGGGCUUUGAAUGCUGCCACUCUACGAUCAAGAACAGCUACUGCACGGGUGAAGAUGGUAAGAAAGCCUGGGAGGCAUCGGAACAGCAGCGGACCGGCGCAAAUCUGCUCGAAGAUGCAGCCGAGGAUAAUCGCCCGGAAGAAGCCGCCGCCCCGGGGACCAAUCCAACGGAUGAAGAAAAGUCCGGGAAGCAGAACCUCAAGCGGACACGGGAGGAGAUGGCGAGUGGAAUUACAGAGGAGGAGCUGGAAGAUUACCGGCGGAAGCGGACAGCGGCUGAUGAUCCGAUGGCCAAGUUUCUGGGGAAGGAUGAACUCGUACACUAAUUAGCACCUUUGAGGAACAGUAUUGAUGAAAUUGUCAAUGCAUGAUACAGAGGGCAACAAGCCUCGGCUGGAACGCUCUGGCGAUCACACGGCAUCACUUAUCACGGCAAAUAACACCUCAGUCCCUCUGGA